GCAACGGGAAAGAAACAAGAUAUUUUCCAUUUUAAUAUUCUUCUCUCCCGUUAUUCUCUCUUUCCAGAAUCUGAACUUACAUUUCGAGCAGAAGCCAGAAAAAUCUCAUCCUUCCUAUUCUGCCCCUUCCUUCCUCCUUCACUGCUCAAAUCUUCCCAAAUUACUAUCCAAAUCCCGGAACUUAGAUUCUCCCAGCAUCUAUCAGAAAAACCCAGAAGGGCAAUUGUGGCAAAAUGAAAAUAUCAGGGGUUUCUGGGAUGAGAGAGAGAUGACGAGAAUUUCGGCAGUAAUCUGAGGUGGGGCAUUUUGGGAAGUUAGCCAUGGUUGCUUCAGGCAUUAAUCUGGUGAUGACAGUGAUUGGAUUUGCAGUGAGCACGAUGUUCAUCGUGUUUGUCUGCACGCGGCUCGUCUGUGCCAGGAUUCAGUUAACGGCAGCCCGCCUCUCGUUCCCGAUCGCCACUCGAUCUGAUCUCAGCUUACUAGAACGUGGGCUUCAUGGCUUGGAGCCUGUUGUGGUAGCGACCUUUCCAACAAAGAAGUUCAGCGAAGAGCUUUUCUCCUAUGGAGAAGAUACCCAGUGCGCCGUAUGCCUUACUGAAUACCAAGAGAAAGACAUAAUGCGUGUCCUACCUUAUUGUGGGCAUGCUUUCCAUGUCACAUGCAUAGACAUAUGGCUACAACAGCAUUCGACAUGCCCCAUUUGUAGAAUCUCACUGCGAGACUCUCCCGAAAGGAAACGAAUAAUGCCGCCCAUGUUCAGUGCGGCAGCCCGCUCCCCUUAUAGUUCCGAUACUUUUGACUCGCAUUCAUACAGCUGUUUGUAUGCAGGCCAUGGUUAUUCAUCAAGAGGGCUUAACAGCCCAAGAAUGGAACCUAUUCGGGAGGAUCGGCCUGUGUCAGACUUCGAUGCGACGGAUGCUGGAGAGAUCGUAUCCACAGCAUUGUCAGAGGGUCAUCAUGUCCUAAAAGAUACAGUGGGCCUCCAUCACUCAGAAAGCAAACAUCUGGAGAGUCAAUCAAAUCCUUAGCGGCAACUCGAAUGCAUCCAGUAUCAGUGCUGCCUUGUUUCCAUUUCUGGUUGCUUGACACCAAUCAAUGUUUGCAUCAGAUAAAGAAAUUGGAGUUAUUUGAAGCACAUGAAGCCCUUCGUCCUCCUACUGGCUUCUACUGUACAUAUGGAAUCUUUAGUUUUCUGAGAGUAGUUGGUUUCUGGUUUUUUUUU